CACCACGCCUGUGGCGUUUAGAGCUGCGAGGUCCUCAGUGGGGCGCGAGCAAGCGCGAGUGCGUCGGUGUCCGGUCGUGGAAACGGCGGACGGGCCUUGCAGGCGUUUUGAGUGCGUCUAUCCGGCCGACUGCACUGUGGCAAAAAGAAUUAUCCGUAGCUUUAUGCCGCAGUGUGUGGCCAAUGCUGGGGCGCAUCGGAAACCAUGGCCGCGCUCAGGAAGCUCCUGUGGGCGCUGGGGGUCUUCGCCUUGGCCGGCGUCUACCUGGCAGUGGUGACCGUCUCGUACCAGAGCAGGCAGUCGCUCGACGCCGGCAGCGUGCAGGACGACGAGGACGCACUGCUGCAGGCCGGGGCUCGCAGCCUGCUGCUGGACGAGCAUGACGUGCUGCAGCACGAGAAGGACGCGCUGCUGCAGCACGAGAAGGACGCGCUGCUGCAGCACGAGAAGGACGCACUGCUGCAGCACGAGAAGGACGCACUGGCACAGCUUGCCAACCUCAACAGAGAGCAACGCGUGCGGGACGCGAUGAAGCACCUCACGAAGGAGCUGCCGAAAGACAACAACGGGACGCUGGUCAUCGACUUCAACUGCGCGACCAGGAGACACGUCAGACCAGAGGACGACCUGCCCCCGCCUCCAUCGGCGUCCUCGGCGCUCUUUGAGUGGGUCUGGGAGGCCAACGAGGCCCUGCACGUGCUCAACGAGGACCUGUUCGGCACGCUGGCGGAGCGGCCGCCGCAGCGCGUCAUCGUGGUCCAGGUGCACCGGCGGGGGCGGUACGCGCGCUGGCUGCUGCAGUCGCUGUCCGCGGUGCCGGGCAUCGAGUCGGCGCUGCUGGUGCUGAGCCACGGCCACGUGGACGACGCCCUGCUCGGCCUCGCCAGGGAGGUGUGCUUCUGCAGGGUGGCCAGGGUCUUCUUCCCCUGGUCCGUGCAGUUGUGGGGCGACCAGUUCCCCGGGCUGGACUGCGUCAAAGGGUCCACCGUGAAGGACGGGAAACCGUGCAAGCGGGAGCCUCUGGUCACCGUAGCCAAGCACCACUGGUGGUGGCUGCACAACUUCGUCUUCAACGAGGUGCUGGUCGCCGCCAAGUACAAGGGCGUGACCCUGUUCCUGGAGGAGGACAUGUACCUCAGCCCCGACGCCCUGCACGUCCUGGACCGCAUGCAGGAGGCGGCGCCGGCCGCGGACAUGUACAUCCUCAACGACAACAAGGGCUUCAUCAGCAAGAGCUCGCACAGGCUGGUGCAGCAGGGCCACUGGGUGUACAACUUGGGGCUGGCCCUGCACGAGCGAGCCUGGCCCAAGAUCGUGCGGUGUGCCGCCAUGUUCUGCUCGUACAACGACUACAACUGGGACUGGACCCUGCAGGCGGUGGGCGCCAAGUGCGUGCCCGGACGCUUCGCCACCGCCGUCAUGAGGGGCUCCAGGCUCUUCCACAUCGGCAAGUGUGGCGGCAUGCACUUCCACGGCGUCUCGGACUGCGACGCGCUGGUGCUCGAGGCCAGGGCUUUGCUGCGGCGGGAAGGCGACCUGCUGUUCCCCGACGCCCUGGUCGUCCAGAAGACCGACAGUGUGCCCGUCAUGGGCCAGCCCAACGGGGGCUGGGUCGACCGCCGGGACCACAAGCUGUGCCUGGACAACGCCAACGCCAGCCUGCACCGGUGGGGGAAGGCUCGGUGACACCGAACAAUGAAACACACAAACACUUUCGUUUUGCUGGCACUUUCGUAAGAGUAACUUAUUUAUUUGUAGUCAUGUUUACUUGUGAUAAGCCUCUGUACAGACUGAAUUCGCCGUACAUAAAUAUGUUUUCAAA